UCUCUUAUCUUUUUCUCUCUUUCCUCCCCCCCCACCCCCUCCCCUCCUCCGCUGCCCACCUCCCUCUUCCGCCGUUCUCCGCCGUGCUCCGAUUUGGUAGCAGAUCCACUUGAUUCUCGGUUAUAUUUUUCUCUUUCUGAUCCGAAAAUUUCCAAAAAAUUUAUGGUGGUAAAUUACGAUUUUACCCCUGGAUUUCUUAUUCGCUUGUUCUUUUUCAAUCCGUCAAUUUGGGGGUAUUUUCGGAAAGUUCGGAUACGGUAGUUGCUGACGUGGCUGACGCUCAUGCAAGCUACAAUGAGCCACACGCCCAGACAAUUGACUCCCUUGGCUUCAAAUAAGCCAAAAAAGAGAGAGGAAACGUUUGACUUUCUCAAGCCGUCAACAAUAAUACCCAAGUUAGCCAAGCCGAUCAUACCCCGAGCCACGCCUCCGAUCAGAGCUUCCAAGCCUGUUCGACCUCCGGCUGAUAAUAAACUCCUGGCUGGCUACCUGGCUCAUGAGUUCCUCACCAAAGGCACGCUGUUUGGUCAGCCGUGGGAUCCGGCUCGCGCUGAUGCACUGCCUGUUUCUGCCGCGGCUCAUUCAGCCGAUCUUAGAAAGCCGAUGAAACAACCAUCUGUUACCCAAAAGGGAAAGACGUCCGAGCCGAAGCCGGGUGAGAAAAGAAAGUUUGAAAGCUACGCCGAGGUUUCGGCUCUUCUGAAGGCCAAAAAUGGAGCCCAUAUACCCGGCAUUGUCAACCCGACCCAACUGGCCCGGUUUUUACAUCUUCAAUGAUAAUUAAUUAACUAUUAUAUAAUUACGAAUUUGCCCUUGCUUUAGAAUGUUGUACCGUACAAAUUGGCAAUGCUUAUAAACUGUUGUAGUGACGGGGAUGUUUGCAAA